AUGUUGCCCAUGGUGCGACCCGCUGUCUCUGGCGCUCUGUGUGUGCGCCCUCGACUGGCAUCAUGCCUUCCCCGUGCCAACCCCAUCGCUGCCAUGUCAACCUCCUCCGUGAAAUCUGCGACUGCGCUUGAGCGCCAGUCAUCCAAUGGCCAGGGACUCACUGCCUCUGGCAAGGUCCGGAAGGAAGUGCCUCUGCCUAGCCAAGAGAAGAAGGAGGGUGCUAUGCAAUAUGUCCUGACCACCCUUGAUCAGGUCACCAAUUGGGCCCGUCAGAGCUCCCUGUGGCCCAUGACUUUCGGUCUCGCCUGCUGUGCCGUCGAGAUGAUGCACCUUUCCACCCCCGCUACGAUCAGGAUCGCCUGGGAAUUAUUUUCCGAGCCUCCCCCCAUGGCGCCCGCUCUCCGUCAGGUUUACGAUCAGAUGCCCGACCCUCGGUGGGUUAUCAGCAUGGGCAGUUGCGCCAACGGCGGUGGUUACUACCACUACAGUUACUCGGUUGUUCGGGGAUGUGAUCGUAUCGUCCCUGUCGAUGUUUACGUUCCUGGAUGCCCCCCCACCUCCGAAGCCUUGAUGUACGGUAUCUUCCAGCUGCAGAAGAAGAUGCGACACACCAGAAUCACUCGCAUGUGGUACCGGCGCUGA